AUGGUAGCUAGUGAAAAUGGUCAUCAUCAGGUUGUUGAACUACUACUUAAAGAACAUGCCGACAUUAAUACUCAGAACGAAAAUGGAGUGACUGCCCUAAUAAUAGCUAGUUCUAAUGGUCAUCACCAGGUUGUUGAACUACUACUUAAAGAACAUGCUGACAUUAAUACUCAUAACGAAAAGGGAUGGACUGCCCUAAUGGUAGCUAGUGAAAAUGGUCAUCAUCAGGUUGUUGAACUACUACUUAAAGAACAUGCCGACAUUAAUACUCAGAACGAAAAUGGAGUGACUGCCCUAAUAAUAGCUAGUUCUAAUGGUCAUCACCAGGUUGUUGAACUACUACUUAAAGAACAUGCUGACAUUAAUACUCAGAACAAAAAUGGAUGGACUGCCCUAAUGGUAGCUAGUGAAAAUGGUCAUCAUCAGGUUGUUGAACUACUACUUAAAGAACAUGCCGACAUUAAUACUCAGAACAAAAAUGGAGUGACUGCCCUAAUAAUAGCUAGUUCUAAUGGUCAUCACCAGGUUGUUGAACUACUACUUAAAGAACAUGCUGACAUUAAUACUCAGAACAAAAAUGGAUGGACUGCCCUAAUGGUAGCUAGUGAAAAUGGUCAUCAUCAGGUUGUUGAACUACUACUUAAAGAACAUGCUGAAAUUAAUACUCAGAAUAAAAAUGGAUGGACUGCCCUAAUGGUAGCUAGUUUUAAUGGUCAUCACCAGGUUGUUGAACUACUACUUAAAGAACAUGCUGAAAUUAAUACUCAGAAUGAAAAUGGAUGGACUGCCCUAAUGGUAGCUAGUCAAAAUGGUCAUCACCAGGUUGUUGAACUACUACUUAAAGAACAUGCUGACAUUAAUACUCAGAAUAAAAAUGGAUGGACUGCCCUAAUGGUAGCUAGUUUUAAUGGUCAUCACCAGGUUGUUGAACUACUACUUAAAGAACAUGCUGACAUUAAUACUCAGAAUGAAAAUGGAGUGACUGCCCUAAUGGUAGCUAGUUCUAAUGGUCAUCACCAGGUUGUUGAACUACUACUUAAAGAACAUGCUGACAUUAAUACUCAGAACGAAAAGGGAUGGACUGCCCUAAUGGUAGCUAGUGAAAAUGGUCAUCAUCAGGUUGUUGAGCUACUACUUAAAGAACAUGCCGACAUUAAUACUCAGAACAAAAAUGGAGUGACUACCCUAAUAAUAGCUAGUUCUAAUGGUCAUCACCAGGUUGUUGAACUACUACUUAAAGAACAUGCUGACAUUAAUACUCAUAACGAAAAGGGAUGGACUGCCCUAAUGGUAGCUAGUGAAAAUGGUCAUCAUCAGGUUGUUGAACUACUACUUAAAGAACAUGCCGACAUUAAUACUCAGAACGAAAAUGGAGUGACUGCCCUAAUAAUAGCUAGUUCUAAUGGUCAUCACCAGGUUGUUGAACUACUACUUAAAGAACAUGCUGACAUUAAUACUCAGAACAAAAAUGGAUGGACUGCCCUAAUGGUAGCUAGUGAAAAUGGUCAUCAUCAGGUUGUUGAACUACUACUUAAAGAACAUGCUGACAUUAAUACUCAGAAUAAAAAUGGAUGGACUGCCCUAAUGGUAGCUAGUUUUAAUGGUCAUCACCAGGUUGUUGAACUACUACUUAAAGAACAUGCUGACAUUAAUACUCAGAAUGAAAAUGGAGUGACUGCCCUAAUGGUAGCUAGUUCUAAUGGUCAUCACCAGGUUGUUGAACUACUACUUAAAGAACAUGCUGACAUUAAUACUCAGAACGAAAAGGGAUGGACUGCCCUAAUGGUAGCUAGUGAAAAUGGUCAUCAUCAGGUUGUUGAGCUACUACUUAAAGAACAUGCCGACAUUAAUACUCAGAAUGAAAAUGGAGUGACUGCUCUAAUGGUAGCUAGUUCUAAUGGUCAUCACCAGGUUGCUGAACUACUACUUAAAGAACAUGCUGACAUUAAUACUCAUAACGAAAAGGGAUGGACUGCCCUAAUGGUAGCUAGUGAAAAUGGUCAUCAUCAGGUUGUUGAACUACUACUUAAAGAACAUGCCGACAUUUAUACUCAGAACGAAAAUGGAGUGACUACCCUAAUAAUAGCUAGUUCUAAUGGUCAUCACCAGGUUGUUGAACUACUACUUAAAGAACAUGCUGACGUUAAUACUCAGAACGAAAAUGGAUGGACUGCCCUAAUGGUAGCUAGUGAAAAUGGUCAUCAUCAGGUUGUUGAACUACUACUUAAAGAACAUGCCGACAUUAAUACUCAGAACGAAAAUGGAGUGACUGCCCUAAUAAUAGCUAGUUCUAAUGGUCAUCACCAGGUUGUUGAACUACUACUUAAAGAACAUGCUGACAUUAAUACUCAGAACAAAAAUGGAUGGACUGCCCUAAUGGUAGCUAGUGAAAAUGGUCAUCACCAGGUUGUUGAACUACUACUUAAAGAACAUGCUGAAAUUAAUACUCAGAACGAAAAUGGAUGGACUGCCCUAAUGGUAGCUAGUUUUAAUGGUCAUCACCAGGUUUCUGAGCUACUACUUAAAGAACAUGCUGAAAUUAAUACUCAGAAUGAAAAUGGAUGGACUGCCCUAAUGGUAGCUAGUGAAAAUGGUCAUCAGGAUGUUGUUAAGAGGGAAGGAAAACAAAAGAGAUUACAAAUACCAAGUGUCAUAUCCAAACUUGAGUUGACAUCAAACAAUGCUCUACGAUUACUUGUUAAGAGUGGUUUUGUUGUUGAAGAUAAAUGGAGUAAACUCACUAGUUUUCUAGGUGUGUCAUUGGAGGAGAGAAGAAGAUUCAAGAAAAUGGUCAGCAUUGAUCAAGACUACCACUUUGCUUUAGAAGAAGGUUUACAAUGGUGGAUUACAAAUGGUACUGCUCCUUGUUGGGAAGAACUCAUUUCAGCUGUUGAAAGUUGUGGUGAUAAGGGUAUAGCUACUACACUGAGAAGACAACUUGAUGUUAAAGAUGAAGAACAUGCUGACAUUAAUACUCAGAACGAAAAUGGAUGGACUGCCCUAAUGGUAGCUAGUGAAAAUGGUCAUCAUCAGGUUGUUGAACUACUACUUAAAGAACAUGCUGACAUUAAUACUCAGAAUAAAAAUGGAUGGACUGCCCUAAUGGUAGCUAGUGAAAAUGGUCAUCACCAGGUUGUUGAACUACUACUUAAAGAACAUGCUGACAUUAAUACUCAGAACGAAAAUGGAGUGACUGCCCUAAUGGUAGCUAGUUCUAAUGGUCAUCACCAGGUUGUUGAACUACUACUUAAAGAACAUGCUGACAUUAAUACUCAUAACGAAAAGGGAUGGACUGCCCUAAUGGUAGCUAGUGAAAAUGGACAUCAUCAGGUUGUUGAACUACUACUUAAAGAACAUGCCGACAUUAAUACUCAGAACAAAAAUGGAGUGACUGCCCUAAUAAUAGCUAGUUCUAAUGGUCAUCACCAGGUUGUUGAACUACUACUUAAAGAACAUGCUGACAUUAAUACUCAGAACAAAAAUGGAUGGAAUGCCCUAAUGGUAGCUAGCGAAAAUGGUCAUCAUCAGGUUGUUGAACUACUACUUAAAGAACAUGCCGACAUUAAUACUCAGAACAAAAAUGGAGUGACUGCCCUAAUAAUAGCUAGUUCUAAUGGUCAUCACCAGGUUGUUGAACUACUACUUAAAGAACAUGCUGACAUUAAUACUCAGAACAAAAAUGGAUGGACUGCCCUAAUGGUAGCUAGUGAAAAUGGUCAUCAUCAGGUUGUUGAACUACUACUUAAAGAACAUGCCGACAUUAAUACUCAGAACAAAAAUGGAGUGACUGCCCUAAUAAUAGCUAGUUUAAAUGGUCAUUACCAGGUUGUUGAACUACUACUUAAAGAACAUGCUGAAAUUAAUACUCAGAACAAAAAUGGAUGGACUGCCCUAAUGGUAGCUAGUUCUAAUGGUCAUCACCAGGUUGUUGAACUACUACUUAAAGAACAUGCUGAAAUUAAUACUCAGAAUAAAAAUGGAUGGACUGCCCUAAUGGUAGCUAGUGAAAAUGGUCAUCACCAGGUUGUUGAACUACUACUUAAAGAACAUGCUGACAUUAAUACUCAGAACGAAAAUGGAGUGACUGCCCUAAUGGUAGCUAGUUCAAAUGGUCAUCACCAGGUUGUUGAACUACUACUUAAAGAACAUGCUGACAUUAAUACUCAGAACGAAAAUGGAGUGACUGCCCUAAUGGUAGCUAGUGAAAAUGGUCAUCAUCAGGUUGUUGAGCUACUACUUAAAGAACAUGCCGACAUUAAAACUCAGAACAAAAAUGGAGUGACUACCCUAAUAAUAGCUAGUUCUAAUGGUCAUCACCAGGUUGUUGAACUACUACUUAAAGAACAUGCAGACAUUAAUACUCAGAACAAAAAUGGAUGGACUGCCCUAAUAGUAGCUAGUGAAAAUGGUCAUCACCAGGUUGUUGAACUACUACUUAAAGAACAUGCUGAAAUUAAUACUCAGAACAAAAAUGGAGAGACUGCCCUAAUGGUUGUUGAACUACUACUUAAAGAACAUGCUGAAAUUAAUACUCAGAACAAAAAUGGAGAGACUGCCCUAAUGGUAGCUAGUUUUAAUGGUCAUCACCAGGUUGCUGAACUACUACUUAAAGAACAUGCUGAAAUUAAUACUCAGAACAAAAAUGGAUGGACUGCCCUAAUGGUAGCUAGUGAAAAUGGUCAUCAUCAGGUUGUUGAACUACUACUUAAAGAACAUGCUGACAUUAAUACUCAGAACGAAAAUGGAGUGACUGCCCUAAUAAUAGCUAGUUCUAAUGGUCAUCACCAGGUUGUUGAACUACUACUUAAAGAACAUGCUGACAUUAAUACUCAGAACAAAAAUGGAGUGACUGCCCUAAUGGUAGCUAGUUUUAAUGGUCAUCACCAGGUUGCUGAACUACUACUUAAAGAACAUGCUGAAAUUAAUACUCAGAAUGAAAAUGGAUGGACUGCCCUAAUGGUAGCUAGUUUAAAUGGUCAUCACCAGGUUGUUGAACUACUACUCAAAGAACAUGCUGACAUUAAUACUCAGAACAAAAAUGGAUGGACUGCCCUAAUGGUAGCUUGUGAAAAUGGUCAUCAGGAGGUUGUUAAGAGGGAAGGAAAACAAAAGAGAUUACAAAUACCAAGUGUCAUAUCCAAACUUGAGUUGACAGCAGUUAAUGCUCUACGACUUCUUAUUAAGAGUCGUUUUGAUGUUAAAGAUAAAUGGACUGAACUCACUAUUCUUCUAGGUGUGUCACUAGAGGAGAGGAGAAGGCUUAAGACAAUGGUCAGCAUUGAUCAAGACUACCACUUUGCUUUAGAAGAAGGUUUACAAUGGUGGAUUACAAAUGGUAUUGCCCCUUCUUGGAAAGAAUUCGUUUCAGCUGUUGAAAGUUGUGGUGAUGUUGAUGUAGUUACUACACUGAGAAGACAACUAGAUACUAAAGAUGAAGCUGAUUGUCUCAUAGCUUAUGCUCAAGGCAAGUUACAGUUUAUGCGUCUCAUUGGUAUCUUUGGUCUAACAAUUAAUGGUAAACCUAUUCUAGAAGAAGAUGAGAAUAUGAACUUUACAUUUGAGUCAGCUCUUCAAGAAGCUGCAAAAGCUGGUCAUGAUGAAGCUGUGCAAUUUCUCUUGAAAUUAGGAGGUAAUAUAGACCAUUGCAAUGAAGAAGGGAGAGCAGCACUUUUGCUAGCUAGUGAAAGUGGUCAUCACUAUGUUGUUGAACUAUUACUCAAAGAGCAUGCUAACAUUGACCUCCAGGCAAAGGAUGGACUGACUGCUCUAAUGCUAGCUAGUCAAAAUGGUCAUUCCCAGGUCAUUGAACAUUUGCUCAAAGAGCAUGCUGAUAUUAAUACUCAGGAAGUCGUAGAACUAUUACUCAAAGAAUGUGCCGACAUCAAUACUCAAAAAGAAGAUGGAGUGACUGCCCUGAUGCUAGCUAGUAUUAAUGGUCAUACUCAGGUUGUUGAACAUUUGCUCAAAGAACAUGCUGAUAUUAAUCUCCAAGCAAAAGAUGAACUGAAUGCUUUAAUGCUAGCUAGUUUUAAUGGAGAUUUAGGUGCAGUCAUAAUGAAGACAUCAGAUAGUCCAGAUACUCCACUGGUACUUGAUCUUACUCCACUAAUGGUAGCUUCAUCAUGUGGACAUGUUGAUAUAGUGGAUGCUCUCAUAAAAGCUGGAGCUGAUGUCAAUAAAGAUACCUAUCGAAAGUUGACUCCAUUGUUUUUUUGGCAGUAG